GACUCACUGUUCCAAUCAUUUUGAUGCCUCAUGACCUUCUAGCAUUAAUUGGGAGGUCCUCUCGAUCCAAAAAGAAGAGAUCGAAAAGGAAGACCUUGAUGGAUCAUGUGACACUGCAAUCUGACUUUGCUUGAGAAAAAGUAGUAGAGCAGUAAAUGAGACAGAGGUCUCUGUGUUGUGAUAAGGUCGGCAUCAAGAAGGGUCCUUGGACUCCUGAAGAAGACAUCAUACUUGUCGCCUACAUCCAAAAACAUGGCCCUGGGAAUUGGAGAUCAGUUCCUACCAACACUGGCUUGAUGAGAUGCAGCAAGAGUUGUAGGUUGAGAUGGACUAAUUACCUCAGACCGGGAAUCAAGCGAGGGAAUUUUACUCCACGUGAAGAAGGAUUGAUCAUUCAUCUUCAAUCAAUGCUUGGCAACAAGUGGGCAGCAAUAGCUUCGUACCUUCCUCAAAGAACAGACAACGACAUCAAGAACUACUGGAACACUCACCUGAAGAAAAAGGCCAAUCAAGCUAGGAAUCCUGGUGUCUCUGCUCUCCCCAUGACUAACCUCAGCUCCUCGGCUUAUGCUUCGAGCGCAGAGAACAUCUCGAUGCUUGGCCCCCGAAAAGCCAAUCCCUUGCCAGAUCAAGAUUACGAGUGCCAGAGGAUCCAAGAAUUCACAACCUUUGGUCCAUUGAAAGAGCCAAGAAGCAUUGCAUUGCAGGGACCAACCUCCACUGUAGUCCCACUUUGUGAUGAUGGAAAGCAGAGUUUAGAGACUGAACACAAUCAUCCUUUCACAGUGCUAGAGAAUUGGCUUCUUGAUGAGGCUGAAGAGCAGGUCGAUAUCGCGGGCCUAUCGACCGGACUUUGCGUAGAUGGAGUGUACUGAUUGUUGCUAUCAUGGUUAGAUCAUCCAGCCAAUACUUGCUACUAAAUUAUUGUGGCAAAAGACGAUUCACUUUA